AUGUCGGCCUUUGAGCUCAACGUCCGAGGCUACUCGGAUUGGAUCGAUGCCUUCACCCUGGAUGAGUGGAAAUGGUUUGGAUACACGCAGGACCUGGGAUUCUACUACUGCGCCGGCCCCGGAGCUUCCUUUUCCAAGGCCGUUGGCUCUGUCUACGCCAAUGCCUCGUUGACUUUAUUGAAUCAGGGACCAGAGAAGGCAGGUACCAUGUACUUCAACUUGUGA